GGGGCGGGCGGCGCCGCGGGGCACGGCGCAGCCCGGCCCGGAGUCCACGGCCAUGCUGCUCUGGCGGCGACUGGCGGCUCUGCGGGCGGUCCCCGGCCCCCGGCGGCUCUCGGUGGCGGCGCCGCGGCCGGGACCGGGACCGGGAGCGGGGUCAAGCGGCGAUGGCGACGGCGCCCUGCGGCCGCUGUACAUGGACGUCCAGGCAACCACCCCGCUGGAUCCCAGGGUCCUGGACAGCAUGCUGCCGUACCUGACAGCCUACUACGGCAACCCCCACUCCCGGACCCACGCCUACGGCUGGGAGAGCGAGGCCGCCGUGGAGAAAGCCAGGCGGCAAGUUGCGGAUUUAAUAGGAGCUGAUUCAAGAGAAAUUAUCUUUACUAGUGGUGCUACAGAAUCAAAUAACAUGGCAAUUAAGGGUGUUGCAAGAUUCUAUAAAUCCAGAAAUAAGCACAUCAUUACUACGCAAACAGAGCACAAGUGUGUGUUGGAUUCUUGCCGCUCCUUAGAGGCAGAAGGUUUUCGUGUCACGUAUCUCCCUGUUCAAAAAAAUGGCCUGAUAGAUUUGAAGGAGUUGGAGGCUGCAUUCCAGCCAGACACGAGUUUGGUUUCUGUAAUGACUGUCAAUAAUGAAAUAGGAGUGAAGCAGCCAAUUCAUGACAUUGGUGAGAUCUGCCGUGCACGUAAGGUUUUCUUCCACACAGAUGCUGCACAAGCAAUUGGUAAAAUUCCUAUGGAUGUGAACGACAUGAAAAUUGAUCUAAUGAGCAUCAGUGGCCAUAAAAUUUAUGGGCCCAAAGGGGUCGGUGCUGUCUAUGUUCGCCGUCGACCGCGCGUGAGACUAGAACCCCUGCAGAGUGGGGGAGGCCAGGAGAGAGGACUGCGAUCUGGGACUGUGCCCACUCCGUUAGCAGUGGGCCUUGGGGCAGCGUGUGAAGUGGCACAGCAAGAGAUGGAGUAUGACCAUAAGCGAAUCUCACAAUUGGCAGAGCGACUGGUUACAAAAAUAAUGAGUGAAGUUCCUGAUGUGGUUAUGAAUGGAGAUAGAGAACAUCGUUAUCCAGGGUGCAUCAAUUUAUCUUUUGCAUAUGUGGAAGGGGAGAGUCUUCUGAUGGCUCUGAAAGAUGUGGCUCUAUCUUCAGGAAGUGCUUGCACAUCAGCUUCUCUGGAGCCUUCCUAUGUUUUGCGGGCAAUUGGAACAGAUGAAGACUUGGCUCACUCCUCUAUAAGAUUUGGCAUUGGUCGUUUCACUACUGAAGAAGAAGUAGAUUAUACAGUGCAGAAGUGCAUCCAGCACGUUAAGAGGCUUAGGGAAAUGAGUCCUCUCUGGGAAAUGGUGCAGGAUGGAAUUGACCUCAAAAGCAUUAAAUGGACUCAGCACUGAGAAAACAAGCUUUAUCCAUGGACUAGACGGAUGUGGAUUAAAAUGCAUUUUCUGUACAUUCCUGAACAAAAAUCAUGCAGCACUUUUCUGUUUUUCUUGUCACUUGCAAUUUAGUUGGAAAACUAUCUUUUCUGGUAACAGUCUUAAAAAGCCAAAAUGAAACAAGUCUUUAUUCUGGAGAAAGGCAGGAUGAUAUCAAACCCAUUACAUUUAUAUUUACCCACAGAAAUUUAUGCUGGGACAUAAUUUAUUUCGAAAUGUAUUUCUUAAUGUGAAAAAUGAGAUCAGCUUGUUACUCCUGUGUUUGUGGAAUCCUGGUGAGAGGUUCCUUCUCAAGCAUCCUGUAUAGCUGUUCUGCUUGCAGUACAGACCUGUUGGCAGGCCUCCAGUUCGUUUUGUUUGAGGCGAGUACCCCUGCAACUGCAGAUGUUUUUGUGCUGCUUAAAUAUUUAGUGAAAUUCUCACACAGUAAGAAGUUCAGCAUUUCUAGAGGAAGAGGAUGCCUCAGUGUGGCUAUGUGCCUUCACAGUUAAGUUGUAUGUGGAGUUAAGAAUUUUUUUACAAAAAAAAAGUGUUUUGCUAUUUUCCAUGAUUCUUUUUUUUUUUUUUUUUUGGAGGGGGGAGGUGGGUGAUGCUUGCAUAGGCCGAUGUGCAUUAAUCCAAAACGUUUUUCAGUGUUACAGAACUUAAAAUACAAUGAUGAUGCACUUUGC